AUGCCUAUGAGAGUUCCCCCAUUUAAUGUUACCUCCCACGAGGAGCUGGUGCGCGAAAUGGCGGAUCAUCACGCUCACCUAGGCAAUGGCACCCAGCUAGCCAACAUCACCAAUGCUGGUAGCAGCCUGCAGCCAUCCAACGUUCCCUCGCACGAGGCUCUCGUGGCCUACAUUGCAGACAAACACGCGCACUUGGGCAACAGCUCGAAGCUGGUCAAUGUCACCGUGGCCACCAACGGCACGCUGAUGGGCGCCGUCGAUGCGCAGAGCACCCCGGCCACGCACGAUUCACGCAAUACCAUUGGCAGCAUAAUACUCGGCGUCCUCAUCAUCGCCCUAAUCAUCUCCAUCGUUAGUUACAUCAUGAUUGGACGCAGUCGGUACAUCUGGAAGAGGGAGAAGUCCAGCCAAACCGACAUCGACCUUGCUACCCAAAGCGCCACGGACCAUCCCGGCCCCUACUAG